UCGUUUUAUGUUAGAAUAUUGAUAUAAGGCACCACAAUUUUGAAGUUAAAAGAAAGUAAAUAAUAUGCUUUUACUGCUACCUUUGACAUUGAACACACUAUUUACUCUUCUUUCUUUUAAUGGAGGGUUGAGGAGAGCGACGGAGAACCUUACUUCUGUCGCAUGUCUGUUUUUAUGUGGCAGUAGCUCGACCAUAAUUUUCUCUCCCUUCCAAUAUUUUUCCAGUGGAGAGUGGAAUGGGCUUUGGUUGACGCAACCUUUUCUCCUGUGGGCUCUAGAAAAACAUGAUCGAGGAAAUUUUCUUCAGCGGAUGCAGGAAGCAGUUGAACCCAUGUGCAAAUACAGGCUAUAAACCCCAAGUUUCACCUCAAUUCAUUAGAGCCCAUCUUCAACAUGGAGUUGGCGCCAGUGAGGGGAGAGUGAGGGAGUUUGACAAAGAAGAUGAUGGUCUCGGCCAUCAUGCGAAAGGGUCUAGAGGAGGAAAGGAAAUGGUCGACGGGGGAGAAAAUGGCAGCGAGCUCGGAGGAGGAGAUCUUGUCAUCGCUGUAGGAGUCGAACUUAUUGAGGAUGUGCUCAAGGUCGAUGGUGUCAGAGGUCGAGGAGGUGAUUGAAGAGAGAAUGAAGCUCUAGAAAGUUUUAAGUUGGGAAUGAGUUGAGCGAGAGCAAGAAGAGGAGGAGGGGGAGACUUGAGGGAGGACGGGAGAUGAAGAAAGUUGAGUUGAGAGGGGGAAGAAAGAAGUUUAGCCAUGGCUAUGGACUCCAUUGAGAGAGAGAGAGAGAGAGAGAGAGAGAGAUUGCAAUUAUGGGUGGUAAAGUGGGGAUUAUUUUGAGUUUUUUUUUUCUCUCUCUCCAUAGUUGGCAUAGUAUUAGGGAAGAUGCACAUUUUGCAUCGUAUUUAGGACUUAUAGGCAAUAGAAAUUAUGUAAGGGGCUAGGUCACAAGAAGUUUUGUCUUUUUUAGGAUAUUGGCAUCAUGUUUUUCCCUUAUUUCAACGAUAAAAAAAGAUCACCACGGCUAAAAUUCUUUCCAAUGGACCGUGAAAUGGGCUUCGUUAUAACGGUUCUUUUCUCUCCGCCCUUUGGAAAAAGAACAAGUCAAUUUGGAGCGUGAAUUUCAAAGAUCGAUAAAGCCCGUAGGAAGCACAGCGCUGCACGAAUCGCAUCGGAUUAGACGUCAUGCUUCCGUUUGCACGGAUCCAAUUUUUGAUGUUUGGACCGGCGAGAUGAGAGAACGGUCGC